AGAAAAAUGUAAAAGAUGGGGAAAAAAAACCCAACAACAACUAACCUAGUCGAUUAGAUGAAAAAAAAAUUUGAGGACGUCUUUGUUUUGGUUAAUAUCUUGGGAAAAUUAGUAUUCGUGAUAGUUCUGUAUUACUGAUAUUUAGUUUGCUUAAUUCUCUCUGUUACACUUGAAUGCACCUAAUCUAGCUUUAAUGUUCUCUAGAUUUUGUUGUAAAGGUUCUUUUCUCUUCUUUGAAACCCAAUCACUUUUUUUGUUUUCCUUUUUUUAAUGCAUAUUCAGGGGAAAAAGAAUUCUCAAUCUAAUAAGUUCAAUACUUAGAGCGUGUGUUUCUGCUAUUCGAGUUUGUAGAUUGUUAUUUGCAUUGUGUUUCAGAGCAUUUUGUAGUUUAGGUUUCUCCUUUGCAACCCUGAACUAAACCUAACUAAAAAAGAGAGCGUGCAACUGCUGAGCUCCUCUCUCUUAGACCUCUGGAUUCUCUCCUUCACCCUGUCACCCUCGGCCUCAGUUCCUCUCUGCCUCAUUCAGACAGUGAGUCACCACUAACCUCACCCAUACUCCAGUCACCACCACCAUUCUCCAUCCCAUCUCUGAUCUCUCCCUCUCAAUUGUGAUCCCUCCCUCCCUCUCAAUAUUGAUGUCCACCGCCUCUUGGCCACGUCGCGCCUGCCCAUGUCAGCCACCACGCACCAGCCUUUCUCUGGUGUCUGCCUCCUCAACCCAAGUCGCAGAUGAGUUCUCUCAGUCGCAACCUCCACAAUCUUCACAACAUCGACAAGGCAGCCUCCACCCUCUUGCUCAUUCUUGCACAGCCAAUCAGCCAGCCUUCCCUUUCACCAAGCUGCAUUCAAAUAAUGGCUUAUAUUCAAUAUGGUAGAAAUGCCUUACGGCGUAUUAUGAAAGAAAGUAACCUUAGGAGGUCUGAUGGUGCUAUACAUCCACUUCACUAUGCUUGCCAAGGAGCUCGAUUCAGAAAGUUAGAAGUUAUUCUUACAAUGAACAUAGAAAAGCUUGGGAAAGCUGGUCAGACAGUUAAGGUUGCUCCUGGGCAUUUUCGCAACCACCUCAUGCCCAAAUUGCUUGCUGUUCCUAAUAUUGACAAGUUUGCUCAUCUUAUCAGGGAGCAGCGCAAGAUUGACCAACGUGAGGAAGAAGAAGAAGUUAAAGUAGUUAAAGAGACUGUGGAAGAUAAGAUGAAAGAAUAUGAAACGGCAGCAAAACGUUUAACAAAUGCCAAGGUGGCUGCAAGGCAGUUUAAUGUGAUAAUUGAGCGGGAUAAUAUUCAUCUUCCAUUGCCUUUGACCACUUUUGGAGAACAUGAAGUUCAACUACGCUUGCCAAAGUCUAUCCCAUUGCCAGAGGGGAAGGUUAACUGGACUGUUAUGGUUAAAAUCCGUGGUAAAUAAAGAACUAGCUUUUGAUGUCGGCUUUCACCGUCUUAUUUGAAUGCUAUAGCGGGUUUUUAGAACUGAACUUAGCACUUCAACUCUUUGACAUUUUGUAUAAGGCCCUCCAAAUGCCUUUUUUUUAGUUAUAAGUAUUCAAUAAUCAAUUCCAAUGGAAAUUCCUAGGGUUUGAAUUUUGAGUA